AUGUCUGCAGAUAUUAAUGUACAAUCCAUAAAACAAUGUCAAAUUGAAUUAUGUAAAAGUAUGGCCGUAUCACAAUGUUUUCAUUGUUCAAAAAAUAUUUGUUUAGAACAUUUAACUGAACAUGUUAAUUUAAUUAAUGUUCCACAAAUUUCAUUAAUAGACCAAUUAAAUUAUUUAAAAGAUCAAUCAGAACAUAUGACUAUUGAACAAUUAAGUAAACAAGCAUUAAAUAAAUUAGAACAAUGGAAAAAUGAAUCAUAUGAAAUUAUUAAUCAAUUGUUUGAUAUAAAAUAUCAAGAAUUAGAAAUGGGGAUACAAAAACAAGAAGACUAUUUAAAUGAAAAUAGAAUAAAACAACAACAAUUAGUUAAAGAUGUUCAAAAUAAAUUAAAUGAAUCAAAUUUAACAAAUGAACAAAUUAACAAUAUUAAACAAAAUAUUGAACAAAUUAAAAAUAAUUUAAAUGAAUUUAAUAAUAAUUUUAUUAAAAUUGAAACAAAAUCAUUAAAUAUUGAUCAUAAUUAUAUUAAAAUUCAAAUAAAAAGUAGAGAAUUAAAUUUAAAACAAUUAGAAACUAUACAACCAAUAAAAACAUGUCAUUUAAAAUGGCAUGCAUUUGCCAUGGCUAGUAAUCAAUAUUUUAUACUUUUACAAUAUAAUGAACAAAUAUUAAAUGUUUAUGAUCAUGAAUUAAAUUUAUACAAACAAAUACCAUGGAAUCAUGAUAUUAUUUGGGAUAUGUGUUGGUCAACAAUAAUAAAUGAAUUUAUUCUAUUAACAUUAACAAAUAUUUAUACUAUUGAUGUAAAAACAACAAAUAUAAAAUUAAUUGAUCAAAUUAAACCACAUAAAACUGAUGCCCCAUUUGGACAUUGUACAUGUUCACAUUUAAAUGAUAAUGAUACACAUUUAUUUAUUAGCUAUAAAGGAUAUGAUCCAGUAAUAGAAGAAUAUAAUUUAAAAUUAACAUUUCAAUUACAAAAACAAUGGAAAUCACCUCAAACAUGUUCACAUGAUGAACGUAUUAAUUGUCUUCGUUAUAAUAAUUAUAAUGAUCAAAUAGGUUUAAUUAUUUAUAAUAAAACAACUGAUCAAUGGCAUUUAGAUGUACAUGAAUUAUUAACAUUUAAUGUUAUAUGGUCUUUAGAAUUAGGUGAAAUUUGUUUACAACAUGGUUAUUAUUUAAAUCCAUUAUCUAAUAAUGAAUGGUUAAUUAUUAAUACUGAUAGUCAUUUAUUAUAUAAUGUACGAUCAAAUGAUCAUUUAUAUACAACUAUCAAGUAUGAUAAACGAUUAUUAAAUGCAAUUAUGUUUAACGAAAAUUAUCUUGUUAUUAGUACAAUGGAAUAUACAAUUAAUUUACAUGAAUUGUAUGUUAAAAAAUGA